AUGGCUCUCCCUCGCUCAGCAGCAGCAGUGUUCCUGCGAACGUCUUGCCGUACACCUCAGCGCCUCGCCUCCUCCAGUCAGAGUCCCACAAGAGCCAUCUCAAGACCGCAAUUCACUGCCCGAGCGCGCCAACCGACCUUCACCACGAUCCGAAGCCUCACAAACUCGCCCCCUUCCGAGUCAAAGCUCUACGACUUCCAACAAAUACAGAAACUCUCCUCUUCGCCUUCCAAAGAGAAGGUCCUGAUCGACGUCCGCGAACCCUCAGAAUACACUGCCGGCUACAUUCCCACCGCCAUAAACCUCCCCAUAAAGUCCCAACCGGACGCCCUCUUCCUCCCUGCCGAAGAGUUCCUCGACCGUUUCGGCUUCGAGAAACCGCAAGCAGAGCAAGAAGUCGUCUUCUAUUGCAAAUCGGGCGUGAGGUCGCAGGCGGCGGCGAGUCUGGCGAGGCAGGUCGGAUAUAAGCAGGUGAGCGAGUAUCGAGGCAGUUGGAUGGAUUGGGAGAAGAAUGGAGGGCAGGGAGCGAAGCCGUAGGGGUGAAGACGUGAAGAACUUGUGUGAUCAUAACAUCUGCUCGGUAUGAGAGUUGUCCACG